AUGAUCCUCCGGCAUUCUACCAAUCUUCUGAACCUUCUACUAUUUCUUGCUAUCUCUUCUACAAGGACUCAAGUUCUUAACGAUAUAAUUAUAGAACUAAACCAACGCCUGCUAGUCUCCAAUAACUUUUUGUAUUGCAACCAAUCCGAUAAACUAAAUGAAUACGAGACCAAGUUUCUAAAACACAUGGCACCAAUAAGCCUGAUGAUCUUUACUUCAAUUGAAUCCCUAAAUUUCACACAAGUUGAAUAUGAUUUUGGUGCUGAUAACAAAAUCUUUUUGAUUAUGAGCAAGGACGAACCACCCUAUGAAUUCUUUCAGGCCUUAAACUUACAUUUUCAGUUUGCUGAGUAUAUAAUUGUGAUCGAUGAACCCCUUGAUCUGAAACUGAGCGCCAAAUGGUUGGAUUUUGUGAAUCACCUUUGGCACCAAGGAUACGUUCAGCUGCUUUUCUAUACCGCGUUCGAUGAAAAAUUGUAUCACAAAAUCAUAUUACCCGACACCAUGAUAGUGGAGACAUCGGUAGAGGACUAUAUAUCUUUUCGAGGAUCGUUCAAGAAUCUGCAUGGCUAUCCGGUUAGGGUUGCGGCCUAUAAUAAUGCGCCACGCUCUAUGCUGUAUUUAAAUCACUGGGGCCAUCAGAUAUUUGGUGGCUUUUACAUGAGGUUCAUCCGAGCCUUCAUAGCCUCAAAGAAUGGCAGCUUUGUGCCAGUGCUCACCCCAAGUGAUUCUCCCGGGAACUGCACAUUGAAUUUGAUCAACGAAACCGUGGAUGUGUGUGCAGAUGCCCUGGCCGCGAAUCCCGAAGCAUUUAGCCUGACCCAUGGAUUCAGGAUUGCCUCGGCGAAUGUUCUGGUGACCCAUGCGAAGCCCCUUCACUCCUACCGCUAUCUAACCGCUCCAUUUCAAUGGAGUGUAUGGGCCUGUUUGGUCAUCUAUGUGCUGCUGGUGGUGAAUUUCCUGGCCUUUAUUGGAUGGCUGCGAAGUGGAAAGUGGGACUUUAGUAAGCAUCUGCUCGAGGUAUUCAGCUCACUUUUAUUCAGUGGCUUCUACCUGAAGGAAAUCCGAGGUAGGGAGAAGUACAUACUCUUUGGAGUGCUGUUCAUAGCCGGAUUUGUCUACUCCACGGAGUAUUUGGGCCUACUCAAGAGUAUGUUGAUCUCGGAGGUUUUCGAGAAGCAGAUUGAUACCUUUGAGGCGCUGGUGGAGAGUAAUCUAACCCUGAUGGUGGACCCAUACGAUAAGAUGUUAUUCACCAAGUACAAUAUGCCCGAGAUACUGUCCCCCAUUAUGGAGCUGGUCAGUUUUGAGACACUCUUGGAGCACAGAAAUCACUUCGAUCAGGACUACGCGUAUAUACUGUUCUCGGAUCGAAUGGCGCUGUACGACUAUGCGCAGCAGUUCCUGAAGCAUCCGAAGCUGCUGAGAAUCCCCAUCGACUUCUCGUUCCUCUACACUGGCAUUCCGAUGCGGAAGAGAUGGUUUAUGAAGCACCAUCUGGGACGGGCCUGGUACUGGGCCUUCGAGAGUGGUCUUACGAGGAAACUGGCCUUGGACGCCGACUUCGAGGCGAUUCGCGUGGGCUAUCUAAGCUUCCUCUUCACGGAGCAUGUGGAGGCCCAGCCGCUGAAUGUGGAUUAUUUUGUCAUGCCGGCAAUUGCUCUGGCCAUCGGCUACAUCCUGGCCCUUUUCAGUUUUGUCAUCGAGAUGACGGCCUGGCGCAUAAGGGAAUUCCUGGGAUGCAAGAAGGCGGCGAUGACGAGUACCGGUUGUCCAGGAGGCGGUCAUGUUGAUGUUGAUUGA